GGUCUCUCGGCUGUGCUCUCGACAUCAGUAUCAACUAAAGCCGCGUUCCGCUUGGAUUCCCCCACACACUUUUUAUUUAGGUUUCACAUCAAAUACUUCCUCAGCCAUGUUCAAGAUCGCGCUAAUCAUUGCCCUCUUCCUGGUGGCCGUCACUGGGGCCGCAGAUGAGUCACAUGCCACCAUCACCAAGUACGAGAAUGAGAUCAAGAACGAUGGCAGCUACAAUUGGGAGUACGGCACCUCGAACGGCAUUCAGGCCAAGGAGAGCGGUGUGGGCAGUGCCUAUGCGGCAGGAUCGGUGGCAUACACGGCGCCCGAUGGACAGAACAUUCAGUUGGAGUACACGGCCGACGAGAAUGGAUAUCAGCCGAGGGGCGCACAUUUGCCAACGCCGCCACCGACACCCGAGCACAUUCUGAAGGCUCUGGCGUACAUUGAGGCACAUCCGUUCACCAGGAUUCAGCUCAGGACUUAGUUGCCUCAUUUAAUGCUUAGCUCUAAUUUAGCACAAUUUCCACUGCAUACACAAAUAAACAUUAGAUUAACAUUAGUGCAGCGCUU